AUGAAGGCUGGCUAUGCCUUUAUGAACGACCUUACGGUCAUCCAAGCAUCGCAGGGCUUGCUUCGUUACCUGGUGGCUACAUUGACCACGGAGUCUGUAUCGGCAGCUGGAGUCGUUGUUGGCCAUGACCACCGCCACAACUCGGACUCGUUCGCCAGAUUGACGGCAGCCGUAUUUUUAUCGCAAGGAGUCAAAGUGUAUUAUUAUCCCGAUCUGGUUCAUACGCCGUUGGUGCCAUUUGCAGUGAAGACCCUUGGGGCUGUUGCUGGUAUCAUGAUAACGGCGUCACACAAUCCGAAAAACGACAACGGCUAUAAGGUUUAUUGGGGAAACGGAUGCCAGAUUAUUCCUCCUCAUGACAAAGGAAUCGCCUCGAAAAUCAUCGAAAAUCUGGUUCCCUGGACUUGGGAUUACCAACUUGUCGAGACAUCUUCCCUAUGCGUCCGUUUGGGCGAAUCGAUCGUGAAAGAAUAUUUUGAUAAAAUCGAGAAGCUCUGUCAGCACAAGGAGGACAACAUUGCCUCGCAAGUCCGAAUCUGCUACACCGCCAUGCAUGGCGUAGGCUUUGAGUUUGCCAAGCGUGCUUUUGAACGGUUUGGUCUGCCCACUUUGAUUCCAACGGAGGCUCAGGUGCUUCCGGAUCCGGAUUUCCCAACUGUGGAGUUUCCCAAUCCAGAAGAGGGCAAGGGCUCCCUAGCUCUCGCUUUCAAAACUGCCGAGGCUCACGGGGCUAAGGUGGUGUUUGCAAACGAUCCCGAUGCUGAUCGAUUUGCUCUAGCUGAGCAGCUCCCGAGCGGGGAGUGGCACGUUUUUUCGGGCAACGAAAUUGGAACGUUGUUUGGAUGUCAUUUAUCCCAGAAUUUGCCGCACGGAAAGUAUGCCAUGCUCGCAAGCACGGUAUCGUCGAAAAUGCUUGAGUAUGUCGGCAAAGCCAGAGGAUUUAGGUUCGAAGAAACCCUUACGGGCUUCAAGUGGCUUGGAAAUCGAGCAAUCGAUCUGGAGAGCAGCGAGGAUUACCAGGUUUUGUUUGCCUAUGAAGAGGCCAUCGGCUUUAUGAUCGGCGACAUCGUUCGCGACAAGGACGGCAUCAGUGCUCUGGCGGUCUGCGGCGAGCUCGUUGUUCAGCUUCAGAAGAAGGAAAUGACCUUAUUUGGAUAUUUGGAUUCGCUGCGUCGAGAAUUCGGCUACUUUGUUUCCAACAACUCUUAUUUUGUAUGUCAUGAUCCGCUCACGAUCAAGAGAAUAUUUGAAAGAAUUCGAUUUGGAGAAACACCGCAGUCUCCUUUCAAGUACGAGCUUCAAUAUCCACGAGUGAUUGGAGGAAGCAAAGUUACUGCGAUUCGUGACCUGACCAUUGGAUACGACUCAAUGCAAGCUGACAACAAGCCGGUGCUUCCGGUGUCCGCCUCUUCGGAGAUGAUAACAUUCAGAUUUGAAAAUGGCGGUGUCCUCACCCUAAGAACAUCCGGAACAGAGCCCAAGAUCAAGUACUAUAGUGAGUUGGGCGGCAAAACCUCCGAGGCUGCCAAGGCUGCACUCGACAGAAUCGUCGAGGGCUUUGUGAAUGAAUUGAUGCAGCCCGAAAGAAACCAUCUUGGAUAUCGCAAAGAAUGA